GCCGAAUCCGCACAACGAGAGGAGAGAGGACGUUCGUCCGCGUCUUUGAUAGUGACCGAAGCACGCCGUCCCCAGCCAGACUUUUUCUAAGCCAGGACACCGGUGACUCUCGCUCGUCGGUCCCGGCUCUGCGUCCCCGCUCAUCAGCUCUCCUGCCAGCAGCGCCCGCGCCGUGCCGUGCCGUGCCGCGCCGUGCCGCUCCGGGCGGGCCGGUCCGCUCGCAUUCCGCUGGAGAGCAGUUUAUUCCCUGAAAGGCUGGAUGAAUUAUUGGAGAGUUGUGAACAAGUGCGAGAAGAACGCUGAGGCUCGGGAUCUGCCUCCUGCUCCGUCCAGGAAAGACCAGACCCGGCCAGAGUUGUGGACGAUAAUGGAGGGGACGUCCCUGUAUCUUCCUAUUGUUAUUUUACUGAUGCAAUGUUCCCCCUCGGCUCCCGUUACCGUGUCGACCGACAGAUACAAGGUGGAGGUGGACGAAUUCUCAGAAGCGGUGCUGUCCUGCAUGUUCCACACAGAGAAGGAACAGAACCCACGCAUCGAGUGGAAGAAGAAAGGGAAAGAUGUUUCCUUUGUGUACUUUGACGGACACUUCAAAGGUUCCUUUGAAGGUCGGGCUACCAUUCAAGGGGCCACGGUGACGCUAAAAAGGGUGACCCAGGAGGAUGCCGGGGAGUACCGCUGCGAGAUCAGCGCUCCUGGUGACUCUGUCAGCCUGGGCGAGACCAACGUGACACUGAAAGUCCUGGUGCCCCCCCACACCCCGUCCUGCGAGAUCCCCAGUUCAGCAACGACGGGCUCAGCGGUGCAACUGCGCUGUAGGGACCAGCAGAGCAUCCCGCCUGCUACAUACACCUGGUUCAAGGAUAACGAGGCAAUCAGCCAGCCCCGUCACGCCAACGCCACCUAUUUAAUCAACUCGCACACAGGAGUACUGGAGUUCAAAGCUGUAACAAAAGAGGACACCGGCCAGUACAGCUGCCAGGCGUCGAAUGGGGUGGGACUGCCCAAGAAGUGUGAGGGCAAGCACAUGACAAUAGAGGAUGUCAACAUCACGACAGUAGUGGCAGCGGUGGUUGUCUGCCUGGUCAUCCUGGUCUGUGGCUGUGGAGGACUCCUCUUACACCGCAAUGGUUUCUUCAGCCCAGGACACAGAGGAAGGUCCUUUUGGAUCUCCCAGUGUCAUGGUGCAGCCCACAUCAGCAGCCAAACCCUGCACAGAACAGAGGACACGUCCAAUGUCAACUAUAUCCCUCCGCCCCAAGAACCCCAGGAUUUUAAACACACCCAAUCAUUCAUGCUCUGAGAGGCUGGCCUUUCUUUGAGAAUGCAUCACCCUUGUGAUAAGGUGCCAACGUUGGAUUCUCUGAUUUUACUUUCUCUCUCUCUCUCUGGACUCUGAACGAGCUCUUGAUCUUCCAGUACAUGCUAAUUUCCUUCUUCCUCUACCGCUCCUUCUGGAUGGGUUACGACAAGCAAAUUAGCGAGGCCUCUUACUCUCUUGCUUUGCUGUGUGGUCUGCUUCUGUCAUUGACGUUUUCUGCUCGUAUGGGAGUAAGUACAGUUUCGUGGCACUCUGCUCCCUCCUGGUGGUCAGAUGUUGAAAUCUUUUUCUGAAUGAUCCAGGGACUAGCGGAGACUUCUACACACUUUAAUUCCUUCUGCAGGCCAAUUAUAUAUUAACUCUGUCUUUUCUUUUACCGAACAUUGAUGGUUUAAUUUAAGGGGAAUUUUCUUUUUUUCCGAACUGAAACAUCACAAGGGAUUUCUCGUCAAAGCCGUAUGGAAAGCAUUUCAAUCUAUUCAAACAUAAAUGCAGUUUACCUCAGCCAAUAUUCUGUCUUCUGUAACACUGGGGCCCCCAGCGCCACAAAAGAUCCUCAUGAACUCUGUCAACACAAAACCAGACAAAGCAAGUCCGGGAGAACAAGAAGCCACUCCAGCCAAUUCUAUUGAGACCAACCCCAUUCCAUCCUAAUGUGCCUGCAUGGUCUUUUUAGAUAUAUAUAUACAUACAUACAUAUAUAUAUAUAUAUACCUUGUGCCUUUUUAAUUUGUCAUUUAACUAUGGAUCACAGUUUUUUGUAAAGAACUUGCCUUACUUUUUUCUGUCUUUAUAUUUUGUGCCACUAUUUAUCAAUGUUUAUCAAAAAAAAAUGGAGUGUCUGUUUUUAGACUGUGUGAAUGGAUUGUUCAGAGUUUUAUUUGAAUGGUGUAUCGGUAAUAAAGUUUUUUUUUUUAAUG